AUGCUACCAUCAUAUCUUGCCAACUCUCCUGCCAGUGAAAAUAACCAAGAAACUAAUGUGGAAUUCAAUGAACAACACUCUCUAAAGAGAAAGAAAGAAGAAAUAGACAAGGAAUUGAAAGCUUGGGAGAUUUUUGAUGAAGUUAACAAGUACAAAGAUGAACCAUCUUUCAAGAAGGCCAAAAAAGCACUCAACCAGACUGAAUGUUGUCCUGCAGGUCGUAACUUGAUUGAUAAUGUCUUUAUGCAAGAUUGUGAAUCAUCUGAUAAUGAUUCUUCCUCAGAUGAUGACCAAAGUAAUGGUGCUUAUAAGAAAUCAUGUUUAGGAUUGUACAAGAGUGCAAUUCCAAGCAAGGCAUCCUGUAUUAUGGAUACUUCUGAAGAAUUACCAUCAAUCAUUAUCCCAGCUAGAAGAAGAAGAAAGAGUGCCAAUACAAAUAGUCCAACUUCACCAACUAUUCCAUCAAACGUUACUAAUGAACAAGUAACAACAUUGGCUAAUGUUUCUUCUGCACGUUCUGCAAAGAAAUGGAACUCUUUCGAAAUGAUGCCUCACGGUAUUUUGGUAUUCAUAAUGUCAUACAUUUCUCAACCAAUGAUCAUUCAUGCAAUGAUGGCUGUUUGUAAGAGAUGGUACCAAAUCUCCAAGUUCAGUACACUUUGGAAGAGAAUUGAUUUUAAUGGUUCAUUCAAGAUCAAAUCAAUGAGUGAUGUUGUUGGUUUCCUCGAAGACUUUACCACUUUAAAGAUUUCUGACAUGAGAAAGACCUAUGCAUUAGGUUCUACUGUGCUCAUGGAAUCUUUGGGAGGAUUAGGUCAAAAGGAAGUUAUUUACAAUGUCCAACAAUAUGAAUAUGGUCUUUCUCUCCAAAAACAAGAACAAUUAGGUAUCUAUAAGAAUGGUGGAGUUUUACUCCCACCAAAGAAAUCCAGAAUGCCUCACCUUUUUGGUGAAAUCAUUUUACCUGCUUCUUGUUCAAACCUCUCUGUUGAAACUUUUGAAAAGUUGAAAGAGGUUUAUCCAUCCUUGUCUAAAUUGGUUCUUCCAAUGUGUUCUACAAUUUCCACAGUUUCUAAUACUGGUGCAUUUCCUAUCAAUGCUGAUAACAAUUCCAGAAUUCAAUUCAAUACUGAAGACAUUGAAAACAGUAUUUCUGAUUCUGUACUAUUGCAAAUUGCCAAGAUGCCAUAUUUGAGCUAUCUUAAAGUAUCUACUCAUCACAAGUUAACUGAUCAAGGUUUGAAUGAAUUUUCCAUUCUUUCAAAGAGACUUGAAUCCAUUGAACUUGACUAUUGUUUGGGUUUGACUCAGCAAUCACUCUUGCAUCUUGUAAAGAAUAGCAAACAUAUUAACACUAUUAGUGCUCUCAGCAAUGGAAACAUUGUUUUGGGAGAUCAAGAACUUGUAGAAUUAUCCCAAUAUGGUUCUCAUUUAAAAGAAUUGAGAAUUGAUGUUUCAAAUAUUUCUCUUCCAUCCUUCGCUACCUUUAUUAAGGGUUGCAGAAGACUCCAAACUUUAUUUAUUAGAGGUCUUGAUUGUAUUACUGAUAAGACCCUCGAUGUUAUCUUUGCCGAGCUCCGUUACAUUCGUAAUAUUACAAUUAUUUGUGAGAGCCCUGAGAAGACUGCUACAAACAAAAUCUUCUCUACAACAAUUUCUAGCACCACCUUAGAAUCCUUCCAAAUUACUGGUUGUGAGACUUUGAACAUUUCCUUUGAUCAUUGCACCAACUUGAAGAAAGUAUCUAUUGACCAAUGCAAGAGCUUGACUGGUCUUCAAAUUUCUAACUCCUUACUUGUUGAUGAACUAAAAUUCAGAAGUAGUAACAUUGCAUAUGUGAACCUUUCACAAUUGAUAAAUUCAUUGCCAAAGUUGAGAGAGUUUGAACUCUUUGAUUGCCAAUCAGGAGAAACAAACAAGACUGUUACUUUCAAUUCUGAUAUUAUGAGAAAGAUUAUUAUUCUCAUGUGUAACGACAUUAUCAACCUUGAAGUUUUAUGUAGUAAUCUUAGAUCUAUGAGCGUUGAUUUGUGUGCCAACAUUGAAAAGUUGAUUCUCAAGAGUCCAAAGUUGGAAAAUUUACAAAUGUUUGCUCUUCCUCAAUCAGCUACUCCAAAGCUCAAACAUUUAUUUGUUGAAAGUGAUCAUAUCCAAUCUUUGAACUUGCAAAAGAUUCUCUCACUCGAACAAAUUGCAGUCAAGUGCAAGUCUUUGGAUUCACUCAAUGUUUCCAACCUUCAUCAACUCAGAAGAUUGGAAACUGGACCAUGUCCAAAGCUUGAAAAGUUAGCCCUAGGAAGUGUCUUCCUCUUAUUUGAUGAUCAUCUUGUAUCCAAUAUUAUUAGCAAGUGUCCAAAUAUUAGUAUGUUGAGCAUUUCCAAUAGUGUAUCAUUGAAUGAUGUAUCACUUGGAGUUUUGUGCAACAAUUUGCCAAACCUUCAAGCUCUUGUCAUUUCCAAUUGCCAACGUUUGUGGAAUGUCAACAUUCAAUCAUCUGUACUUAAAGGUAUCCAAAUCUCAGAUUGUCAUCUCCUCAAGUAUUUAAACUUGAAGAGUGAAAAUCUUAACAAGUUAUUCAUUAGAAAUUGUCCAAAUGUUGAAGAUUCUACAUUUGAUAACCUCUCUGCCUUCAGUCCAAAUAUCAAGUUUGUAGAGUUGGUUAAUUGUAGUAUGCUCAAGUCACCACAUCUCAAGCUUCCACAACUUGUCGAUCUCCAUUUCAGAGAAUGUGCCCAAUUAGAAGUUCCAACCAUUACUUCUGAAUAUUUGAAAAAGUUGUUGAUUGUUUCUUGCACAAAGUUUUCUCACUUUAAUGCUCAAUCAGCAACCCUCUCUGAAAUUUUACUCUCUGAAUGUCCAAACUUGAACGAAGCUAAUCUUACAAAGAGUCUUUCCCAAACCGAAAACAUUCAAGCUAUUGUUUUCGAUAAGUGUAAGGCCCUUAGAGCUCCUCAAUUGAAUCUUGAUAACCUCAAGCUCGUUAGAUUUACCUCAUGUAAUAAUCUUGUCAAUCCAAAGAUUAAUAUUAGAGGUAAUUUGUCUGUUCUCUCCUUCCAACAUUGUGAUAACAUCAAGAUUGAAAAGUUGAGCACCAACAUUACUGGACAAAAUAUUGAUAAUAUUGAAAUUACUGAAUGCAAGGGAAUGACCAAACUCUCUUGUGAUUUACCAACUAAGAGUUUGAGUGUUAGUGGAUGUUCCAAACUUUCCUCUCUCACUCUUUCUCAAACCAUUCAAACAAUCCUUGUUGAAAAAUGUCAAGCUCUCUGUACUAUUCAAUGCCCACAAGAAUGCCGUGUGACUGAGCUUAAAGUUAAGGAUUGUGAACAAUUCUCCUCUGUUCAAUUUAGUGGACCAAAUCAAGAUAUGAAGAUUCUUGGAUUUUCAAGAUGCCCACGUUUAUCUGAUAUGUGUUUAGCAUCCAUGUUAAGCAAGUGCCAAACUCUUGAAAAGGCAAGAUUAAGUGCUUGCGGUCUUGCUCGUCCAUUUAUUAAUCAUGCCAAUUUAUCUACUUUACAUAUUUCUCAUUGUCAAUACUUGGAAAGAAUGAGAUUAAAAUGUCCAAAGCUUAUUACCCUCAAACUCAAUGAUUGUCAAGCUUUAAAUUCUGUUGUAUUUGCUGAAGCUUCACCUGAGCUUAAGAAUGUAACAUUGAAAGGGCUUUCUGUCUGUGCAUCUGAUAGAGAACUUUUGAUGAGAUGUUCCAACUCUAGUGUUGCCUCACAAUAAUAUGAUGGUUUUUAGUGAGUGUCAAUGUUGAGAAUGUUGUGUGGUAAGAAUACGUCGUUUAUUCUCAAAUUUUUUCAAAAUAAAGCGUGAUUUGUAC